CCCCCAAGCCCCCCGCUUCCCGUCCUCUUUCCCACUCCCCCUCCCUCCCCCACCCCUCCUUCUCCCUGACUGCGCCACCCACCACAUCCACACACUCGCCACGCAAGAGGGACGGCGACGGCAGAUUCUUACCUUCGACUCCACAUGUGAGAUAAAAAUGGUUGGAACACGUGUGUAUGUGGGUGGCCUAAGCUACCGUGUGGGUGAACGGGAUUUAGACAGAUUCUUCAGGUCAUACGGAAGACUAAGAGAUAUUGUUAUCAAGAAUGGAUUUGGCUUUGUGGAAUUUGAUGAUGACAGAGAUGCUGAUGAUGCUGUUUAUGAGAUGAAUGGCAAAGAGCUCCUAGGAGGAAGAGUAACUGUAGAGAAGGCACGUGCUGCUCCACGUAUGAGGUGGCCAAGAGCACCUCCACCAAGAGGGUUCCAUUCAAGGGAUGGGCAGAGCAGAUUUGGCAUGCCGGCUCGCACAGAUUACCGCCUCACUGUGGAGAACCUCUCAAGCAGAGUGUCUUGGCAGGAUCUCAAGGAUUUUAUGCGUCAGGCUGGAGAAGUCACAUAUGCAGAUGCUCAUAAAUACAGGCGAAAUGAAGGCAGGGUGGUAGAAUUUGCCACUUAUGCAGACAUGAAAAAUGCCCUGCAUAGAUUAGAUGGAAAGGAGCUUCAUGGACGUCGAAUCCGUCUGGUGGAUGAAUCCAAAUCAAGGAGUUCCCGGCGCUCGCGUAGGUCAAGGUCUAGGUCAUCAUCUAGGUCUAGAUCUCGAUCUAGGUCUCGUUCUCGCUCGAGCAGGUCGCGUUCCCACUCCCGUUCCCGCAGUCGGUCACGAUCAAGGAGUGGAGGCCACAGUAAGAAGAGGCGCUCAAAGUCCAAGUCACGCUCCAAGUCUGGAUCUCGUUCAAAGUCUCGCUCUGGAUCAGAAAGAUCAAAGUCCAAGUCCAGAUCCCGUUCCAGAUCACGCUCAAGAUCCCAUACACAUAGUCCAACGCCUAAGAAGAGCAAGUCUCGCAGUCGUUCAAAAUCUGCUGAGGCAGAGUCAGAGUCAGAGGAUGAGAAGUAGGAGCCAGAGUAGAGGCCCCUGCUGGUCAUGGAGCGCUUCGGAGGUGUCAUUCAUCUUUUGAGAUGUAGCCCUCAGGAAAGACAGUAGAAAAAUUAAUUCACUGGGGUUUUUGAAGCGUGGAAAAUAUUUUUGAGUUUUAUGAUAUUUCAUUUCUUUGUUGUUUCUUUUCUCAUGUUUUUUUUUUUCAUCAUCUCUCCCUGGGCUCAUUUUGUGUGAAUGUUUCGUUAGUCCAGUCCUGUAGAUGCAUUAGCCUUGCAAGAGUCAAGGUUAUGGGGAAUGGAUAUACGUACCUGAUGUUUUUAGAAAAGCUUGCAAUUGGGCAUUUUACAGUCCGUCAAAAUCAUCUCCUUGGGGGAAUUUGGUAGGAUUUUGGGAAGUUUGGUAGGAUUAAUAAGGAUAAGUCUGGAAUAUUUUUUACAAGCUUGAUGUUCGUACCAUAAGCCGUUUAAUCCUAACUUUCACUAUCUUUAUUUAAGUUGUCUGCUCAGCUUUGAAAUAGUUGCUAAUCUUAAAUGACAAUAGCUUAACUAGGGAAGAUUUCGUAAAGAACCAAAAGUAUUUUCUUGACACUUCUAGAUUUAUUUUUUCUUGGGGUUGUAAUGAUCUUUUAUAUUUAUAGAAAACUUCAAAUUGUUCUUUUUAGGCCACUUCAUCAAAUAAAGACAUUUAAUUUUAUUUUGCCAAAUCCAGAGACGUAUGUGUGUAUAUGUAUAUAUAUACAGAGAAUAAAUUCUUGAUGGACCCCUUGAGGUACAUUACAGCUUCAGUUUAGCUCUCCAUUAUGAGUCCUGAACACUGUGCUUAUGUUUGUGCAAUCCAAAAUGUCCAAUAAGUUGCAUGGUUUUUCAGGUCCAUUUUGAGUUGUGUGUACAGCACUUCAUUCACAUUUAGUGUAUUUGUAUGUAUGUGUGUGUGAAGUUGUAUGUUUGAAUAUGUUAAUAUGUGUAUUCCCACAUAGAUGAAGCAUUUUCCAAUUUGUACUCUGAGAUAGAGUAUGCACCGUGUGAUAGAAUGUGAAAGUGGCUGUUGAAUGUGAACUUGUCAUAAUUGUAGGAAGAUAAUAUGAGAGUUUUUGGUCAUUUUAUAUAAGGAAAUAUCUUUAAAUUGAUAUCAGAUAUUUGUAAAUUUAAUCACAUGGCAUAUUUGAAAGAAAAUAAAAUUCUAUGGUGAA